CCACGCCCACGCCCACGCCCACGCCCACACACACAAACCCAAGUAAGAAACGGUUAGUUGUUAUACCAGAAAUUUACUUAAUUAUGCAUUCCCUGUUGAAACAAAGCCUUUAUUGUUGUUGUAGCAAUGGUACAAUCUGUCCAAGACCCUGGCUGAAGAAGUUGCUUGGCAAUUUGCAAAACAGCAUGGCAUUGACUUGGUUACACUUCAUCCAGUUCUAGUCAUUGGUCCAUUUCUGCAGCCUGCCCUUAAUUUCUCAUCCGAGGCUAUGCUCAACUUCAUAACACAAGGGAAAGAAGCAUGGUCUGACGGAAUAUAUAAAUUUAUCGAUGUUAGGGAUGUUGCAAAUGCACAUAUACUAGCAUUUGAGGUUCCUUCAGCAAAUGGGAGAUAUUGUUUAGUUGGGGCGAAUGGUGACUCUUCUUCUUCUUCACUUUUGAAGAUCCUACAGAAGCUUCACCAUUCCAUCACUGUCCCUGGGAACUUUGAAGAAAAUGGAUUGGCUUUGAAGAAAAUGGAUUGCCUGUUACCCCGACCUUCCAAAUAUCGGGGGAAAGAGCAAAAACUAUAGUCGUCAAAUACACAUAAAAGGCACUGUUGAGAGCUUGAUCCAGAAGAAGUUCCUCAGCAUCAAAACCUAAAAUUGCAUUUGUUGUAGCAAGUUUGUAUCAUCACAGUGAUGUAUUACUGUAUUAUCAUCUGAUGAAAAUCCCUGUCAAAUUAUUAAGCUAAUAAUAAAUGCAUGUGUUCUUGAUG